AUGGACCCCUUCCUCAGGAAGCGGCUGACCUUCCUGUCCUUCUUCUGGGACAAGAUAUGGCCGGUGGCCGCGCCGGACGACGGCGUCCCGGGCUUCCCCGACCCUGCGGCCAGCGCUGAGCCAGAGCCCCCUGCCACAGAGCCCUGCAGCCCCCCCGUGCCCAUGCAGCUCUUCCAGGCGCUCUACGACUUCAGGGCGCGGUGCUCAGCUGAGCUGAGUGUCAGCCGCGGGGACAGGCUCUACGGCCUCAAGGAGGAGGGUGACUACAUCUUUGCCCGCAGGCUCUCCGGCCCACCCAGUACUGGGCUGGUACCCAUCACCCACCUGGCCAAGGCCACCCCGGAGACGCUCUCAGACCACCCCUGGUACUUCAGCGGCAUCAGCCGCGCCGGGGCCCAGCAGCUGCUCCUGUCCCCAGCCAAUGCACCGGGCACCUUCCUCAUUCGGCCCAGUGAGAGCAGCCACGGGGACUACUCGCUAUCCGUCCGGGCGCAGGCCAAAGUUCGCCACUACCGCAUCUCCACGGCAGCCGACGGUCUCUACCUGCAGAAGGGCCGGCUCUUCCCCAACCUGGAGGAGCUCCUUGCCUACUACAAGGCCAACUGGAAGCUGAUCCGGAACCCACUGCUGCAGCCCUGUGUGCCCCAGAAGCUCCCCCAGCAGGACGAGUGGGAGCGGCCUCGCUCGGAGUUUGCCCUGCGGAGGAAACUGGGUGAAGGCUACUUCGGGGAGGUGUGGGAAGGCCUGUGGCUUGGCUCCACACCAGUGGCGGUCAAGGUCAUUAAGUCAGCCUACAUGAAGCUCGCAGACCUCAGCAAGGAGAUCCAGACACUCAAGAGCCUGAAGCAUGAGCGUCUCAUCCGGCUGCACGCUGUGUGCUCCGAGGGCCAGCCCGUGUACAUCGUCACCGAGCUCAUGCGCAAGGGCAACCUGCAGGCCUUCCUGGGGAGCCCCGAGGGGCGGGCCCUGGGCCCGCCUCUCCUGCUGAGCUUUGCCUGCCAGGUGGCUGAGGGCAUGAGCUACCUGGAGGACCGGCGCAUCGUGCACCGCGACCUCGCGGCCAGGAACGUGCUCGUGGGCGAUGACCUGGCAUGCAAGGUGGCUGACUUUGGCCUGGCCCGGCUGCUCAAGGAUGACAUCUACUCCCCAAGCAGUGGCUCCAAGAUCCCUGUCAAGUGGACUGCGCCCGAGGCAGCCAACUACCGCAUCUACUCUCAGAAGUCGGACGUCUGGUCCUUCGGAGUUCUGCUCUAUGAGGUCUUCACCUAUGGCCAGUGUCCCUAUGAAGGACUGAGCAACCACGAGACCCUGCAGCAGGUCACGCGAGGGUACCGACUGCCACGCCCAGCCUCCUGCCCGGCGGAGGUCUACACGCUCAUGUUGGAGUGCUGGAAGGGCAGCCCCGAGGAGCGGCCGGCCUUCACGACACUGCAGAAGAAGCUGAGUGCGGCCCAUAGGCGCCUUGCCCCUGCCCACACGUGA